AUGGGAAAUGCAUGUCGUUGUUAAUAAUAUACUUCUGAGAACAUGGAGCUUAUAUCAGGCAGGAGUGAGAACGUGAAUAAAAAAGGAGAAAGCAUCACUAUCCCUCAACAGAAUGGAACCACCGUCUCCAAGAAGACUACUCAUAAGCAAAAUGAUGAUGAUGGAGACGAAGAUUAACAGGUUUAAGAAGUGUAGCAAAUUGAACUAAAACGUGGUGAUAAAAAGAAAUAGGCUAAGAUUAAUGCAGUCUCAGAUACAGUGGAAAUAUUUGAAAAUGUCAAGAAACUUGAUAAGAGGAAAUCCCCAUUCGACUAUUAGUUGAUGUUAAAUGCCUUCAAUGAGCAUUUCAUCUUUAAAUCUGUGCCUCAGAGUGACAUAGAAUACGUGGUUGAUUAAAUGUUUUAUUGUACUGUUCCUGACGGUCAAUUCGUAUUCAAGUAAGGAGACAUGGCCAGUUCAUAUUUUUUGAUUGAGAGAGGACAGUGUCAAAUCAUAAUUAACGGUGAACUCAAGAAAACUCUUAAAAGUGGAGAUGCUUUCGGUGAGUUGGCCAUGCUCUACAAUGCACCCAGGAGUGCCAGUGUCAAAGCCAUAGGAGAUUGUGCAUUUUGGGCCAUUGAUCGAAACACUUUUAGGAAGGUGGUCGAGUAACAGAAUCAGAGAAGUUAUGAAGAAAAUAGGGAAUUCAUGAAAAAAGUUGAAUUUUUUUCUUUUUUAACGGAAGAAUAAAGGGACGCAAUAUCUAGUGUGUUAAUUACUUCGGUUUUUAAGAAGGGAGAAAUCAUAGUGUCUGAAGGUGAUGUGGCCAAUUCAUUUUAUAUAAUCAAAAAGGGAAAGGUGGCCAUUAUCAAGGGAGACAAAGAAGUAUCUUAGAUGAAUGCUGGGGAAUCCUUUGGUGAAGCUGCCUUGUAUUAAAGUUGUUAAAGAGCUGCUACUGUAAAGGCAGCCGAAGAAGAAGUGAGAUGUCUCUCCUUGUCCAAGGAUGAUAUCCAGAGAAUAUUAGGUUAAAAAAUAUAGACUGUUAAGUAUAUUAACACUUAAAAAUGGGCCUUGCAACAGAGUCCUUUGUUGGGAAAGCUAACUUCAAUUUAGAUUGAAAAGAUUCUGUAAAACAUUAGAUAGGUGCAUUAUGAGAAGAAUGAAAUGAUUAUUAAAUCAGGACAGCCUUGCACUAAGGUUUAUAUCAUCUUAGAAGGAGAAAUAGCGACAAUGCCCUCAAAAAAAUUAGUAUUGGGUAAAGGCAAAAUCUUUGGAGAGUAGUUUCUGAAAUCAUAGGGUUAAGACAAUAAAGUCACUGAAACAAUUUAAGUCUAAACUGAUGAAUCUAUCAUUGCAGAAUUUGAAAUUAAAAUGUUCUUUGAUAUGAUCGGAGGUAGUGUAGAGCAGAUGAUACAGAAGAAUGAAAAUUCACACGAAUAGAAGUAUCUAAAUAGGACGAAUGUAUAUUAAAAGAAAGAUUAUUCAAAUUUAAAAUUAGAUAAUUUGAUUUGCAUCAAGAAAUUGGGUUAGGGGUAAUUUGGGAAUGUCUAUUUGGUGAGAACAGCACAAGAUGAAAAAUUAUACGCUUUGAAAUGUAUCAGCAAGGCUCAGAUUGUUGAACAGCAUUUAGAAAGGCAUUUAGCUUAAGAAAAACAAGUUUUGUCAACCAUUAACUUUCCGUUCUUGAUGCAAUUUUAUAAAAGUAUGAAGGAUCAGAAUUACAUUUAUUUCUUGGUAGAAUUUAUUAAGGGGAUGGAACUAUUCGAUGCCAUUAGAGAAAUAGGAUUGUUGACUACAAGUGAUUCCCAAUUUUAUAUUGGAUCAUUAUUGAUAUGUGUAGAAUAUUUGCAUAAAUUAUAAAUUAUUUACAGAGAUAUCAAACCAGAAAAUAUAAUGGUUGAUGAAAAGGGUUACCUAAGAAUGAUAGAUAUGGGAACAGCCAAGUUUUUGAAUUAGAAAUCAAUUAGAACAUAUACUAUCAUUGGAACUCCUCAUUAUAUGGCACCAGAGAUAAUUACAGGCAAGGGAUAUACAUUCUCUGUUGAUCUUUGGUCAAUUGGAGUGUGUUUGUAUGAAUUUAUGUGUGGUGGAGUGCCUUAUGCAGAGGAUGCUGAUGAUCCUUAUGAAAUUUAUGAAGAAAUUCAAAAAAAGUCAAUUACAUUCCCCACUUUUAUGAAGGAUAAGAAGGCAAAGAAAUUUAUUGAAUAAUUACUAUCAAAAACACCAGAGGCUCGUUUGGGUGGAGGCUAUGCUUCUCUUAAGGCCAAUACUUGGUUUGAUAAAUUUGACUGGGAUAAAUUGAUGGAUAAAGAACUCAAGCCUCCUUUCUUACCGAAGAAGUCUAGGAUGAUUCAAGAGAAAGAUAUCCAGUCGGCUGUUAUUCAUAACAAGUUGGCAUCAAAGGAAAUCAAUUUCAAUAGGUGUACCCUAUAAAAAGGAAAAAGCAAGAGAUUAAAAUUGGGAUUCAAAUUAUUGAUAUAAUCAUUCAAAUAUACUAAUAAACUGUUAAAAUUAACUUGGUUCUUUGUUUUAUUACAUAUAUUUGAAUUCUAUAUUCUAAAAAGCAAAGUUAAGCAACGUAUAAACUUUGCUCUCAUCUAAAAUUCUAGUUCUUGA